GUGUUUAGUGAAAAAAAUCUUUAGGUUCUUAUAAAACAAUUUUGUUAUGUCAACAUCAUCAAUAAUGCGUGUUCGUGCGAAUUCACCACGUUUUGGGGGCAGUGUACCGAGUACGCCUCCGCCCCCAUCUCCACCGCCAACAUUACGGCGUAGUAGUAGUCGCGGAGCACUUAAUGCAUUGCAACAUAAUAUCACUGAGCGUAAACAGGAACAGUUUGAAACUUAUGUCAAUGCAUUAUUAGCUGAUUUACAAAAUACGAUUUCCCCACAUGGCAGUAACGUCGGGUCGCCAGUGGGUGGCAGUAGUAAUUCCGGUGGUUAUGGAUCGUUAAAUGGUUCUCGUGGUACACAACGACCUUAUUCAGCGUCACCAUCACGCGGUGCUGAAUAUGGUCGGGCUGCAGAUCGUUAUGCAUCACAAUCGCCCACCUAUCAAAAUCAACAACAAAUUGUUCAAGAAACAAUCACAACAAAAACAUCACAUCAUGGUGCGAACAUGGCACCAUCGUAUUCACCAAACUCCACCUUAAACUACAGUAAUCAUCGUUCGACAACGCCGAAUAAUAAACCACCAACGUUAAAUAAUAAUCUAUCUGAAUUGGAUACAUUAUUACAAGAUUUAAGUAAUGCACAUUACAAUUCAGGUGGUAGCUAUGUAGAUCGUCGAAAUGUGAAUGGAACAACUAGUCCAGGGUAUGGAUCAACACACCAUCAAACGAAAAUAUUGAACGAGUCUUUUAAACGUCCAUCGGUUGAUAGUCUACUGGAGGAGUUAAAUACCGCCGUUCCAACAAAUGGUGAUGUUUCUGGUGCAACGCAUACACUACCACGACAAGUAACAAUUACUGUUAAAGAAACGAAAACGGAAACAACUGGUGGUUAUCCAACAACACCUCGAUCAUUAGAAACGCAACAUCAUGUAGCAUCGUCAAAUUAUGUGACAAGUACACCAGCUGCAUCGUCAGCUACAAAAGAAUUAGAUGAUUUAAUGGCAUCUCUUUCAGAUUUUAAGAUCAACGCGGGAAGUCAUCAACUUCAAACUGUAACAGAUUCACCAUACGCAAAGCCCAAUAAAGCAACAAAAUCGGCGGGAAGUCCACUUCCACAACAAAAUCAAACACAAUAUUAUACAAGCACAACAACCACUAGCCACGUGGUAAAACAAAAUCAAUUGGAUUCUAUGUUAGGAAAUUUACAAGCCGAUAUGAGUCGUCAAGGAAUUAAUACAACACAAAAAGGAUGUUGCAGUGCCUGUGAUAAACCAAUUGUUGGCCAGGUCAUAACAGCAUUAGGCAAAACCUGGCAUCCAGAACACUUUACAUGUACGCAUUGUACUCAAGAAUUAGGAACACGUAAUUUCUUUGAACGUGACGGUCAUCCUUACUGUGAACCUGAUUAUCACAAUUUAUUCAGUCCACGUUGUGCUUAUUGCAAUGGUCCAAUUUUGGAUAAAUGUGUAACCGCUUUGGAAAAAACAUGGCAUACAGAACACUUUUUCUGCGCGCAAUGUGGAAAACAAUUUGGAGAAGAAGGAUUUCAUGAACGUGACGGCAAACCAUAUUGCCGUGAAGAUUACUUCGAUAUGUUUGCACCAAAAUGUGGUGGAUGCAGUCGUGCUAUUAUGGAAAAUUAUAUUUCAGCUUUAAAUAGCCAAUGGCAUCCAGACUGUUUUGUUUGCAGGGAUUGUAGACAACCUUUCCAUGGAGGAUCAUUCUUCGAUCAUGAAGGUUUGCCAUAUUGUGAGACGCAUUAUCAUGCAAAACGUGGUUCAUUAUGCGCAGGUUGUCAUAAACCAAUUACAGGUCGUUGUAUUACAGCCAUGUUCAGGAAAUUCCAUCCAGAACAUUUUGUUUGUGCAUUUUGUUUAAAACAAUUAAACAAAGGCACAUUUAAAGAACAAAAUGAUAAACCAUAUUGUCAUACCUGUUUUGAAAAAUUAUUUGGUUGAAAAAUAUUUUUAAUUAUACGAG